AUGCGUGUAACCAAACGAAGCAAAGCACAUUUGGAAAGUAAGUUGAACCACGACAAUCCAGCUUCCUGUGAGCCUCAAAUUCUCAUCUCAAAAUUUGUUAGGAACACUACCGGUGCUAAAGCUCAUCCUCACCUCCAUGGAUGCGCCCAAUCAAGACCUUUAGAUGUCAGAAGCUUUGGUGCAAAGGGAGAUGGAGUUUCCGAUAUCAGCCAGGCAUUAUUGAGUGCUUGGAAAGCAGCCUGUAAUUCUCCAAAACCAAGCACGAUUGUGAUUCCCAGAGGCACAUUUGGAUUACUUCAAGCAUCCCUUGAAGGUCCUUGCAAGGCCCCCAUCGAACUUCAGGUACAAGGCACUCUCAAAGCUCCACAAAAUCCUAACCUAAUCAAGGAUGGUGAAUGGGUGACCAUCCAGUACUUGGACCAUUUUACACUCUCAGGCUCCGGUACCUUUGAUGGCCAAGGAGCCAGAGCUUGGGCCCAAAAUGAUUGUGCCAAAGCCUCCGAUUGUAGCAAACUUCCAAAUAAUUUUAGCUUCAACUUCCUCAACAAUUCCAUUAUCAGCGGCAUAACUUCUCUGAAUAGCAAAUUAUUUCACAUGAAUGUUCUGGGAUGCAACAAUGUGACGCUUUCACGCCUUACAAUCACUGCUCCAGGAACUAGUCUGAAUACUGAUGGAAUCCACGUGGGGCGUUCCAGCGGAGUAAACAUAACAGACUCAACCAUAGGAACAGGGGACGACUGCGUCUCACUUGGAGAUGGAUCCAAGCAAGUUAGCAUAACCAAUGUCGUAUGUGGACCUGGACAUGGGAUUAGCAUAGGAAGUCUUGGAAGGUACAAAAAUGAAGAACCUGUUGUGGGAGUCUUUGUUCGAAAUUGCACUCUCAUCAACACGUUAACCGGUGUUAGGGUGAAAUCCUGGCCUUCAGCCACUACUGGUGCUGCAACAGAUGUGCAUUUCGAUGAUAUUACUAUGCGAAACGUUACAAGUCCUAUUGUCAUUGAUCAGGAGUAUUGCCCUAACAACCAAUGCACACUUGGCGCACCUUCACGGGUUAAGAUCAGUAAAGUGAGCUUUAAUCACAUCAGGGGUACUUCGGCAUCUGCACUUGCUGUGAAGCUUGUUUGCAGCAAGACUUUCCCAUGCGAAGGUGUGGAGAUUGGUGACAUAGAUUUGGCGUACCAUGGAAGCCUAGGCAAUAUCACAACGAACUGUGCUAAUGUGCAGCCAACCUUCAUGGGCAGACAAAACCCACCAAUUUGUGCCAAGAAUAACGCUGCCCAAUCUUCUUGA